AUGAAUAACAACAACAACAGUAAAAAGCCAGUUCAGCCAAAUAAGGAAAACGAUAAAGAAGCGGGCAAUAUUCUAUUCAAGAGAUUAUUGUCUGACAAACUAAAUACGAUCGAUGAUCUAAAGCAUGCUCAGGCCAACUUGGAAAAGAAUAUGAAAUACACUCAUAAACCCUCAAAGGCAACACUGGCAUUCACAUUGGCUGAAGAUUUAAUAAACGAGUGCAUCUAUAACGUUGUCAUGGAUGCACAUCGAGAAAUAAAAAAAGAAAACAGCAUCUGUCAAAUAUGCCAAACAAAAUGCAAGCAUUAUGUCAAAAAACCUGGACUGGACAUUUGGGGGAAGAGUUAUAAUGCUAGUACUUUACCCUUUUAUGAAUGUGCAAACUGUCAAAAGUCAAUAUCGGCUACAAGAUAUGCUCCUCAUCUAGAGAAAUGCUUGGGUCUAUCAGGUAGACAGUCUAGUCGUGUGGCUAGUAGGAGGAUACAGAAUGCAGAGCAUGCUUCCUUAUUCAUUUGGCAAUUUCCGUUGAACACAGGUGCUAACGUGUUCAAGCGUUUCAAGAGAGAAGAUUUGAAACCAGGUGAAAGUGCUUGUUGUCCCUAUACUGUCUAUGAUUGUGUCAAAUCAGGCAAUAAGGGUGACAUUGUUGAUUUUGCAUUUCAUACUAAAGUCAAUGGUGUCCAAAGUGAUUCCUUUACUCUGACUGUCCCUGGCGGUGGAUGGCUUAAUGUUAACGGAGAUGACAGAUUUGACCUUAGUUACGAAGCAUUUAAUCCUGAUGGUAGCCAUUUUAAUUCUCAGUAUUUAAAGGGUGUUCACUACACGUUUAACUAG